AUGCUUCGUCUCUGGUUUAUCGCAUCCGUUGUGAUGUCUGUGUUCUGUGGACACAAGGCAGACGGCGCUACCACAACCGGGACAGCACAAACGCUUGAUUGCACAACCGAGAUGAACGAGGUGAGAAAAGCUGCAGGACUUUCUGAAUUUGAGAAGGCAUCUAGAGAAACAGAAGUUCUACCGGAAUAUCCCGGAACAACAAAAAAGAUAUCAGCUGAAAACUUAUGGAAGCAAACCUGCCAAAAACUAAUGGGGGAAAAUGUCGAGAUCACUGAAGCCGGAAGCCUGGUAGGGACCGUUGCUCAUUACGCCGGCGCGAAGGACUGCAAAGAGGCAGUGCAGUACUGGAAGGAUGGCUUUUCUCUCUUUAAGAACGAGCUGCCCCCAAAGUACACGGCGUUGGGCGACCCUGAUGUUUAUACCGAUAGAGCCGUCUCAUUUGUUGCCCUUUACAAUCCAAAGGCAAGCCCUGUAGCCAGCUGCGCCUUUGUCACCUGCACGAAGGGAACUGCGGUUGCUGCCCAAGAGAUGUCUAGGCGCCAUGACAGUUCCCCAUUAAGGAGACUUCAAGACGGAGCCCAAACAAAAACUGCCGUUAUCUGCUUGACAAACCCAGACGCAUUGGCUCCUGGAACAGCGCCAUUCGAGGACGAUGUAUGGCAGAAGAUUGUUCACGCUAUAGUUGGUCUUGAAGAGAGCAACAGGGCUUCCCCAAUCAGACCUUCAUUGGCAGUUGGUUUCAUAGUGACAAUUCUUGCCCACGGUCUUUUGUAG